AUGUUGACCGGCACGGACCAUACAGGCUCAGAAGAGCUGGCGAUAAAAUCUACGAGGAUACGGCGUUUUCUCACCCUUCUCGCGCUUAAGACGACGGCCAAGUUCUUCAAGCGCGAUGGCUACUGCAUCCCUAUAUCAAAACACAAGAUCGUCAAAACAGGCGCAUGGGUUCAUUUAACGGAGGCAGCAACCAUGCAGUUCGUUGCUGAGAACACUUCUAUUCCAGUUCCCAAGGUCCACUGCGCGUUUGUCCACAAGGGUCGCGCAUAUAUCGUGAUGGAGAGAAUACGAAGCCCGAGUAUCUCGAGCAACAUACAGCCAGAGAUAUUUUCCCAGCUGAAGGAUAUAUUACAGGAAUUACGAGCACUGAAGCCUCCUCCAGGCACAGGAGUUCAUAGCUUUGCUGGUGGAUCAUUAUAUGAUUCUCGAAUAGCGCGCUGCCAACCACGGUUUGGACCCUUCAAAACCAUCCAUGACUUCCAUUAUUGGCUCAGGGAUGGCUUCGAGCCACCUGAAGAUCGGCCAAAGCAGAUAGAGCCUGAUGAAUGGGAAGAUCUCAAGGAAAUGGUGGAGAUGCAAGAUGGCCCCUGGCCAGAGCCUGUUUUCACUCAUGGGGACUUGAAUCCAUCAAACAUCCUCGUUCGGGAAGGAAAAGUGGUUGGUAUUAUUGACUGGGAGUUUGCUGGCUGGUACCCGCCCUACUGGGAAUAUACUGCUGCAUUUAAUGUCAUGCUCACAAACACACAAUGGCAAGGCCUGAUUGGCAAAUUCCUUGAUCCUUAUCCAGAACAGCUGAAGAUGGAAAAGACUCGUCAGAGGUGGUGGGGAGAAAUAUGA